UCCUGUUUUAACGUGCCAACUGGGGUCGGGAGGAACCCUGACGUCAACUCGCUAUCCUGGGGCGAAGUACCGCUGCUCUCAGCGACCGAACUGGCUAAGUUAGUGUUCCCGCUGGAGCCAGGUAAACACAUUCAUGGGAAGCCAAGAGGAGAGAGACUGGGUGGACGUGGCCAAUGAUCUCCUCAGCAAAUGUCACAUCAGCCUGAGGCUGGCGAAGGUGACGGACUGCGGCGCAGGUGUCUUUGUAGCCCUUUAUCAAGCAAUAUUAGGGGAAAAGGUUCCAGACUACAUUGCCGUACCAAGGAGUCAGGAGGAUGACGUUCACAACGUGCAGUCUGUGAUUGACUCUCUGGCUUUGGACUACCUCCAGAUAAGCUUGUCUCACAUCACAGGUGAAAAUGUUGUGAGAGGGGACAAAGAAUCCAUAAAGAAUCUGCUGGAAAUUUUUGAUGGCCUGCUGGAAUAUCUUACUGAGCAAGUAAGCGAAGAGGAAUUAGCAGAUGAAGGUGAGCCGGACCACACGUCCAGUAGGGUGGGGACAUCCACCGAGCGGCAGCUGGAGCAGCUGGAACGCCUGUCUCAGACGUCAAGCGUGCCGUCCACCACCUAUUCCAGCAAACACUCGGACGGCUCGGAGUCGACCGCCGAGCUCAUCCGCCUGGGAGACUCCGCUCGCACGUUCAUGGCCAGUCAGGAAGAAAGGAUCAAUGGCGUCCAUCAUGCAGACAGUUCCUGGUCCAGGCUGGAGGUGGAAGCACCUCAGGACAGAGUGCAAGAACUGGCCAGUUUGCCUGUAGGGCUGGUUUCCACCGGCGCCUCCUUUCCCGACGACUCCUCUCCACUGAAGGAGCCCCUGCAUUCGGCCGUCGCCCUGCAGCCCCCUUACCAGACCACCCCUCGCCGCCUGGAUCGGCUGGCCCACUCCGGUACUCCGUCUCCAGCCAGCAUGCCCAGCCAGAGAGGGGCCGAGGAAGAGGAUGAGGAGCACCCCGCCGUCUCUGCUAGAUGCCAGCCCCCUGGGUCUCAGCCUGACAGCCUUCCUGCGAAUGGGAUUCCCUGUCCCCGACUGUCCCCCGAUCGGAGCGAGGCCAGGAGAGGCAGCGCAGGGGUGGGCGAGGAGCUGCCUGAGGCUUCUAGGCUCGGGCCCAGGAGAGUACUGUUUCAAAGCCAGCCUGCAGUCGUCCCGAUGACGCUGGCUGAUGUGACUGGAAUGAGCGACAGCAAGGCGGGCACCAAGCCGCGAACCUCACCCCCGCGGCAGCAUCCCAAGGGCCGUCCGCGCCGGACUCCUCUCAGCAAAACGCCCACGGAGGCUGAGGAGGAGCUGGGCGAGCCGUUGUCCCAGCGCACGCGCCGCAACCGCGAAGCGGAGCACGAGCUGCACCAGAUGUCCGAGAAGCUGGCGCGGCGUCUGCAGGAGCUCGACUCGAUGCUGAAAAGAGCCCUGGGGGAGUCCCUGCACACUAGUGGCACCAGGGAAGAGGACAAGCAGUCCCAUCACAGCGACAGUGUCAUGGAGUGCCGAGGGGCCCAGAGGCACAGCGAUACAGCAUCCACCCCAAAGUCACCCCGCGCACGCUCACUCUCCCCGUCGCCCCCACCGGAGCAGCAUGUCCUGGAGGUCCCACUAGAGGGCGCACUUGCCAAAGACUUACAGCAGUACGGGUCUGAAGUGCGUGAGCCGGAGCCACAGAGCCAGCGGCUUGGCAAGGUGGUAGAAAGUGGCCAUGAAGAAGAGCUGAAGCAGUUUGAGGAGAGGAAGAGGGCGGAUAUCGAGGAGACCCGGGGGCAGGCCCAGGAGGCGCAGGAGAGAGCUUACCGGGAGGCCAUACUGCAAGAGGUCCCCCACCCCAGAAAACCAUCGCGCACGUACAGCCCCAAAGUGACUCCGCAGCACCGGACAGCCAGGGCGCGUCACUCAACCCAUGGCAGAGGGAGAGGGCUUCCUCUGAAAGCUGCCCCCAUGAAGGUAAAGGAGAAUGACCUGCUGCCUGUCCUCCUGGAGGAGCUUCCCCACCUCCAGCUCUCCCCACAUACCCUUGCUCGCAUGUGGAAGCAGCAAAUGAAGCAGGUGGAUCGGCUGGCCCCUCAGCCGGACCAUCGAAGUCGCAAUAAACAAGCUAACCAGAUAGAGGAGGCGCAAAGGAGGCAUGACCUGUUGGUGGAGAUCAUCCGCAAGGAGCAGGAGCACAACCAGCGGCUGCGCGACUUCAAGGAGCGCAUCCAGCAGCAGAAAUCGGCCCAGAACAAGCUGCGGGAGCAGAGGCAGCAGGUGGCUCGUGCCAGGAAGUAUCACAACGAUUACCACGUGCAGUUCCGCGCCCGCCUGAUGAGGGCCCGCUCGCGGGAGGAGAGGAUGUUCAAGCAGAUCUUGGAGGAGGGCCUAGAGCUACAGAAGGCGCAGCUGAGAGAACAGCGGGCUCACGCCAAGGAGCAGCGGCAGGAGCACCAGCGGCGGCACCGAGACGAGCUGGCGUCCAUGGAGAACUACUACAAGGACCAGUUUUCACUGUUGGCUGAAACUCUCGCACAAGAGCGACAUGAGAUCCAGGUGCGGAAGAAGGCCCAGGAAAAGGCUCUUCAGAAGAUGAGGCGAGAGUUGCGAGCCAAGAUGGAGCGUGAGAUCGGCGAGCUACAGAAGAUCAUCAUCCAGAACGACGACGACACCUUCUUCCGGGAGCUCGAGGUCGAGCGACUCCAGGAGCGGCUGCAGAUGACCUCAUUCCAGUACCGGACCGGCCACCGGACCUGAGGAGUGGGGGGCUGAACCCUGGCGCACCCAUCCCUCUGCUGCUAGAUGCCAUGUGACACUUCUUAUGGUUUUGGGACAUUUUUUUGUGUACAGUUUGCACUUUUCUGCAGUUUUUGAUAACACUGUUAAGUGACCAGUAAGUGAACUUCUAACUCUACCCACAAAGUAUGAAAAAAAAUAUAACUUCAUACUUGGUUUUUACAUCACUGUCAUAAGUGACUUAAGAUUGCAGACAGCAAGAUGAUAGGUUUUUUUAAAUUAUUUAUUAAACUGAACCGCUCCAUUCUGCUGUGCUUUUUGAUCAGCAGGGGGUGCUAAUUUUCACUCCAGCAAGCAUCCAGCCUGUCACUCAGUUGGAAGGAUUUAAGGUUGUAAUAUUUAUUUGCUCUGGAACCUUUGUGAAUAAGGCUCGUUUUUACAUGCUGCAUUUUCGAACCUCAUAAAAAUUUAGCGAUCACCUCUCUCCAA